AUGGGUUCAAUGCCGACAUUUGCCUGCAUUUCAGCAAAAAUCGUGCAUUUAACAGAAAGCUUUGUGUCUUGUUCAAGCCCUACAAAACCAGCUUUGUCUAAGAUCAACUUAGCGCCAACUCCAGCCAAAACAGUGCCGACUCCGGCUACUGAACCUUCAAUACCUGCUAAAACUGACUCAACACCAGUUAUCGUUGCUUCGACUCCACCUGAAUUCGCUUCAACACCUGCUCGGAUGUUCGGUGCAUCACUGGCUUCUCGUGCAGAGAAAAGAAGCAUCGGUUGUGCAGGAACCUUG